AUGGAGACCGAAUCCCGGGCGCAGACAACAAAUCAGACGCAAACAGAUUCAUUAUCUCCAUCCCCUAAUCCUGUGUCACCUGUGCCUUUGAAUAACCCAACAAGUGCCCCAAGAUACGGAACUGUGAUCCCUAACCGCAUCUUCGUAGGAGGAAUUGACUUUAAGACAAAUGAAAAUGAUUUAAGAAAAUUUUUUUCCCAGUAUGGGUCUGUAAAAGAAGUGAAGAUUGUUAAUGACAGAGCUGGAGUAUCCAAAGGGUAUGGUUUCAUCACUUUUGAAACUCAAGAAGAUGCACAAAAAAUCUUACAAGAGGCUGAAAAACUUAAUUAUAAGGAUAAGAAACUGAACAUUGGUCCAGCAAUAAGAAAACAACAAGUAGGGAUUCCUCGUUCCAGUAUAAUGCCUGCUGCUGGAACAAUGUAUCUAACCACUUCAACUGGAUAUCCUUACACUUACCAUAAUGGCGUUGCUUAUUUUCAUACUCCAGAAGUAACUUCUGUCCCACCGUCUUGGCCUUCACGAUCCAUAUCUAGUUCUCCUGUGAUGGUAGCUCAGCCGGUUUAUCAGCAGCCUGCUGCAUAUCACUACCAGGCCCCAGCUCAGUGUUUACCAGGGCAGUGGCAGUGGGGGGUUCCCCAGUCCCCUGCCUCUUCGGCUCCAUUCCUAUAUCUGCAGCCCUCUGAGGUUAUUUAUCAACCAGUAGAAAUUGCACAAGAUGGUGGCUGUGUUCCUCCUCCACUGUCUCUGAUGGAAGCCUCCGUCCCAGAGCCGUAUUCCGACCAUGGGGUCCAAGCAGCGUACCACCAGGUCUACGCUUCCAGCGCCAUUGCUAUGCCUGCGCCUGUAAUGCAGCCUGAGCCCAUUAAAGAGCCAAGGUUACAUUCUGUGAGAAGAAGCUUUUCUCAUCCUUCACCUGUGGCUUUGAACCCUCGAUACUCUCGAAGCCCACACUUCCAUCCUAGAAAAGAGUUCAGAGCAGAGGAUUCAGUUUCCACUCCACCUUCCUGUACUGACUUUGUUAAGUAGACUCGUGGGUAACUGUUUUGUCCAGAAAUAGAAAAUAACUAGCCCUGCUUGUGGUCUAGUAACAAAUGAAGUUUGGGGAUAUGCUUAAGGUUAGACCUGCUUGUGGUCUAGUAACAAAUGAGGUUUGGGGAUAUGCUUAAGGUUAAUGUUUUUGCUUUUUUUUUUAAAGAAUUUUUAAAAUCUUAGUAGCCAGAACAUGGGAGAUGCAGAAUUCAAUCAUGGUUUCCUUUUUUAACUCAGACACGUAAGUGAGACAGAGUUACAAGCCCUAGCACGCGAGACCACAACAGUCUUAGCAGCACAAUCAGAUCAUCAUACAUAACCACUUACAGACACCUUUGAUGGCUGGGUUUUCAGUCUCAUUCCAGAAGUUUCAUAUUUGUAAACAAAUCCAUGGCAUAGAUAAAAAAUACUUAGCAACAGACCAUUUUUUUGUAAUGUUGUAUAACUUUUAAAAACUCCAUCUUGUUAGGAGAUGAUGCAUAAAUUCUAGUUUUCACAUUAUUUUGGUUUUACUACAUUUGUGUUUGUAUUUUAGCUAUAUUAAGUGGUUAUGAUAAAAAGCAUUUCAAACUCUACUUACAUUACAAAUUUUAUACAUGUUGAUAUAAAAAUAAUUUGUGUAUUAUAAAAUAUAAAAUAUCCAUUAAUCUGUCAUAUUAUGACCACUUAUUGUAUAGUGGUUACUAUGACCAAAGUGACACUAUCCUUCAAUGUUCUUAAAGAUUAUCUAUUUCUCGCCCUCUUCUGUCAUUCCUACAAGAAGUACAAUUGUUCAUAGGGCAUAGCACCUUAGGGAAUAUAAGUAUUCAUAAUUACAUCAUGUCAGACUUGAUACUGUCAGGAUUUUUAUCUUUCAUUCACUCGGUUCAUUGUGAGGUUUAUAGGCUGUUAAAACAUUAGAAUUUACCCAUAACACAAUUUUAUUUUCAAAUACAAAGAAGCUAUGAUUGCCUGCUGUUAUGGAAUGAGAAAAGUUUCUAAAAUUAAAAAAUAUGCCACAAUAAUUAAAAUUUUUAAAUUAAAAAUUACUAUCUUUUAAGUCAGUGCUUUCUGUUUACCAAAUGUAACUUCUGUUUUUAAAAAAAAAUUAUUCCUUUGAUAGAAGCUUGGAUUAGCAAAACAAUAAGGUUAUAUAAAUCAACAAUAUUUCAAUUGACUACAUGGAAAUUUACUUUAGAACUUAAUGAAAGUUGAUAGCACAAUACUUCUAGGAAAUACUAGAAUUUCAGUAUUUUAAAUUUACACCUACUCCAAAAUUUAAUACUGUCUUGUACUUCUGCUGGGAAAGAGUAAGAAUUAUAAAAAGUUCUUAUAAUAUCAGAAAGGCAAUACCCAAUAAUAACUUGAAUAACUUUUUUAUUCUGUCUCAUAAAGGAUGAUGAAUAUACUCAUGGAUGUACAUAUUUAUUUGGGGUAUGUAAUCUUAAUAUUUCUGGGCUAAAAUACAUGUCUAUGAAUAAGAUGUAAUAGUAUUGUUUAGUAGAUAGUAUCUUCAUACAUCCUAAGGCUUUCCAUCUUUUAUUAAGACUAUUUCCUUUUGCUAGUGUUACUUUGAAAGUAACAUGCUAUAUGUAUUGUUACCAGAGCCCUAGCCAAAAUAUCAUGAAACAAUAUAUUUGAUACUCAACUUACCUGUUUUCAGUAUAUACUUUAAUCCCAUAUUUAUUAUUCAGGCUUAUUCAGUGAAUAACAGGCAUUUUUCUAAAACCUUUAUAAAUUCCAAGAGUCUAAGAGUAAUUGUAUUUUGCAUUAAAAAAAAACUGAAAGCGAAAUGUUUUUGUUAACCAGUUUAGUUCAGGCAAUUAUGCUCUCUUCUAAAAUACACUCUACUUCCACAUUAUCUUCACUUAAUUCUGUAAAGAUUAUAUAUUAUAUUUCUCUCUGUAGACUGUAAAGUAUAAAAUGGAGAUAACUUGAAAAUAUCAAAAGGUAUUACUCUGUUUAAGCUGUUAUACCUUGCUCUUAUUUUACAAAUGUAACAAAAGUAAUUUUAACAAAAGUAAAUUUAACAACUAUAAAGCUUUCCAUUUUCAAGGUCUUUUUCUUAGCCAUCCUACGUCAGCCUCACCCUUGGUUUCAGAUAGUUCUGAAACAACCACUAACAGUGUCUAAAGGAAACGUCUAGUCAGCAUAAAAAGUGGCCGGGCGGUGGUGGUGCACGCCUUUAAUCCCAGCACUCGGGAGGCAGAGCCAGGCGGAUCUCUGUGAGUUCGAGGCCAGCCUGGGCUACCAAGUGAGUUCCAGGAAAAGGCGCAAAGCUACACAGAGAAACCCUGUCUCGAAAAACCAAAAAAAAAAAAAAAAAAAAAAAAAGUGUUGCCAAAGGACUUCCUCUUCCUUUGCUCUUUGGGGGCUAGCAGAAUAACAAUUGAGAUUAGAUUAAUACCAUGUAUUCCUUGCUAAUCAUAUUAGGAUCUUUGUUUUCAGCACCAGAAGAAACAAAGCUACACUAUAUACUCCCAUAAUAUUUCUAACAACAUGUAAAAGUACACAGAUAGAUUUUUUAAAGAUAUGCAAAAAUUUCUCUCUUUUGUAAAAAGCCAAAUGCUGAUUAGUAAAGUUAGUAGUAGUACUUCCGCUCAGACUGUGAAAACUGCUGUUAAUUAAAAUAACACUUACUAUCCUAAUGUCAAAAAGAAAAAUGAAAAUAAACUCAGCAAAAAUCCCAUGUACACAGGUGUUUAAGCCCAUUUCCUGACUACAUAUAUAAUCUUUACAGAAUUUGUUUUAAACAGUUGAGCUAAGACAUACAUAGCUUUACAUAUUGAAUAUUUAAACAUCUACCUCAACAAACUUAACAAUGAUAGUUUUCAGUAGCUUGGUUCAGCCUGACUAGCCCCCUCUCAUUACUUGGUUUUAAGUAGCGAGUUUUCACUAUUACUGCUGUCUGUCUAGCUGAAAUCACAGUGGUUUCCUAAUAUAUUACACUGAGCUACAGAGCUAUACGUUUACACGGUCUGUUUAUGUCAGAGCUAAUAGCUCUUUAUAUAAUCUCCAUGAAUUACAGAAAAAGUGUGUUCUCUUAUGCUGGAUAUAUAAUUUAUGACAUCAGUUACAUCAAAAAAUAUUUCACUCAAAAUGUGGUGUGAAUUGAUUACUUUUUAGAGACUGACUUUAUGUGAACAAUAGUUUAACUAAAAUAAUUCCCUUGAGCACUAACCAACCACUUUUUAUAUUUUAUACUAGUCAAAACAAUGUCACAAUGAAUGUUCAAAAUGUUUGCUUUGCAUCCAAAUAAAAAUCCUUCCUAAAGUGGCAUAAAAACCAACCACUCAUCUUUCAUGCAGCUCACUACACACAUUUCCAAUAACUAACCUUGUCAGUACUUAGAAAUAGACUUCUUAUUUUAUAGAGUCCCAUACUGAAUUAAAAAUAAACACUGGCUAGAGAAAAUGCUUGCCUCAACAUGCACAAGAUGCUAGUUCAGUCUCCAGCAUUUAAAAAAGAAAGAAAAGCCAUCCACAAUUAAACUAGAACAGAACUUAAUACUAAAAGUCUGCUUUUAUAGAAAAUACAGGGAAUUUCUGUAAAGUGAGCUUUAUAGGAAUUUAAGUAUAAUCUGUCAACUCAGUAAUUCCAGGUUCCCAAGUAUUAAGAAUUUGAACCUUAGGAAGUCUUUACAAAUUAGUAACUGGCCCUUAAUUUCAACAGGUCAUUCAUUACCUACUGUGCAUUCUUUAAAAGACUGAAAAGCAAUACACCUUGCUAACAAAGGUCUGUCUACAUUCAAACAGGAUCCUAAAGAAGUUAUUUUAAACCCAAAAUUAAAAUGUAGGUUUCUUGGCCUUCCUAGUUGACAAGGAUUUUAAAACAUUUGAUUUCUUAAAAUAUAUUUUACAUGGAAGCUAAGACCUGUAUAAAGAUGGCUUUACCCCUGUUUUUUUUUUUAAGUGAAACUUGUAUCUAAUAAAAUAGGUACAAUUCCUCUUAAAAUGUGAAGUUGAACACUCAGUCUUUCUUUUUGCAGUUCACAACGUUUAUAGUUUAAAGAGAUGAGAACAUCUUGACUAUGUUAUAAGAUAAAAUUUAUCAAGAAUUAUCGAGUAUGUGGCAUUUAGAUAAUAGGUAAUAACCACAGCCAAAAGGACCUGGUUUCUGCAGUCUUUUUAGGAAAUUUGUCAUAAGAAUAGAUGUCAUAGAAUUUAAAUUGUUAGUAAGUAGAUAAGUUUUAUUAAUAUGUUCAUUUGUAUUAAAGUGUAUGUAUGAAAUAAAAGAGUUCCAGUGUUUGUGGCCUCUAGUAAAUUCUCUAGCAUUGUUACUAUAAUAGUUAAUUCAAAUAAAGUUGAAUAUUGAUGUUUGUCUAAAGAUAAAUGUGUAAAGUAUUAAUUAGGAAAAUGUCUUGAAAUACUUAGCCUCAUGACUUUAUGACAACAUAUUUUCAUUUUCAGAAUAGCUUCUUAAACUUUCUCCAUUUGUGACCCCCUUUUCACCCAAGAAAUUUUUAUGACUCUAGUAUAUACAUAGAAGAGUGUAUACAAGCCAAACAUUUACUGAUGAUAUAUCAUAAAUUUUACAACAGUCCUUUGGCACAAAUAGAACCUUACUGUUUAUUAAUGCCUAAAGCAAAGGUGUUUUCUUUAUACAUAUAUACUAAGAUGAACAUGCUUAUUUAUCUUUACAUAAAGAAUCAAUGGCGUCAACAAGAUGUUUCUGUGUAACGCUGGCAACCUGGGUGCACUCCCCAGAGCUCUGUGAAGGUGGAAGGAGGGCAAUCCCAGAGCUGUCAUGUCAUCUACACACACGUCAUUGCAUGUGUGCCAGGACACACACAUCUCACACACACACACACACCAACAGUAAAAAUGUCUCACAUCUUUAGGAAUUAAAUCUUGGCUGACUAGCUGAUACUAAGACAUAAAACAUCUUCAACUUCAGAUUAUAAAAUCAAAAUAAUGCUGAGAAUGCUGCUUCAUAGAAAUACAUAAUACAAAAAUGGCAGAAGGGUGUUUAGGAUUAGUUCAGAAAUUGCUGGAAAAUCUGACCUAGUCCCUAAAUGAAAGUCAUUUAAUUUUUUUGUUUUGUUGUUGGACAGGGUUUCUCUGCAGCUCUGGCUGUCCUGGAUCUCACUCUGUAGCCCAGCCUGGCCUCGAACUCACAGAGAUCCACCUGCCUCUGCCUCCUGAGUGCUGGGAUUAAAGGUAUGCAACCACCAUACCCAACUUCAUUUUUUUUUUUUCAGUCAAACUCAAAUCGGCAACUCAAACAGAAAAAAUUUAAAAAGCCAUUUUUAUUAUUUUAAUAGUGUCUUACUUUUUUAUUGCUGUGAUGAACACCAUGACCAAGGGCUUCCGGUUCCAGAGGGUUAGAUGUGGAGUUAGGCAUGUAGCAGCAGCUGAAAGCUCACACUUAAUCACAAGCAGGAGCAGAGAGUGCACUGGGAAUGGCAGUUUUUUGAAAUCUCAAUGCCCCACCACCAGUGACACACCUCCUCCAACAAGGCCACACCUCCUAAUCCUUCCCAAAGGAUUCCACCAACUGGAGCUCAAACAGGAGCCCAUGAGCACCAUUCUCAUUCAAGGCACUAGAUGUACUUAUUUUUUGCAGAGUUUUGCCCAUGUGUCUGUAUGUGUACCAGUUGCAUGUGAUGCCAGUGGAGGCCAGAAAAGGGCAUCAGCUCCUAGAACUGGUUAGACUGUUGUGAGGUACGUGUGUGCUGGGACUCCAACCCAGAUCCUCUGCAGGAGGAAGUGUUCUUAACCACACAGUCAUCUCUCUAGCCCCUAUUUAUUUAUUUUUAUUAAUUUUUCAGAUUAGCAUAGAAAGUAACUAGUUAUAACAUCUUCAUACAUGUGCCCUACUUUCUCAUUCAUUCCCCAUUCAGCAGGUUCGCUUCCUUUCCCUCCUUAACCCACUCUGCUUUCCUAUCACAUGUACCCCACUACUUUAUUUCAUGUAUCCCUGAAGAUCCCUUCUUCCCCUUCUCAUGAUUCCCUUUCUAGAUCAACAAUUUUUUAAUCAAAUACUCCAGUCCAAUACAACCCAAUAUUAAACAGAUUCGAUUCUUAAGUGCUAAGGAAUGAUUGAUGGAAAACAUGAAGGGUUUUUUUUUCCAUAUUUAAAGCAUCAUAUACCCAUAAGCAGAAAAAACUCUGCAUAGUAAAAAUAGAGCAGCCCUAAUAUACAGGAGUUCUGUGUCUGAGCCCUGGUGCUUCAGUAUCCUGGGUUGCUUUCUGAUAAAAUACCAUAACCAAAAGCAACUUACAGGAAAAAGAGCUUUUCUGACUUCCAGUUCUAGAGGGAUAAGAGUCCAUUAUGGCAGGGAGGAAUACCAGCAGAUGGUAGGCACAGCAGAAGGAACAGGAAGCUGAGCACUCACUUCUUCACACACCAUAAAUCGAGCAAACUGGAAGUAGGGGAAAGAAACAAUAUCAAAGCCCCUCAGCGUGCUUCUUCAAGCAAAGCUCCACCAACCCAGGUCCCCACACAGCACCACCAACUGGGAACCAAGUAUUCAGACAUCCAGUCACAUCUGUCAGCCUUUGUUGACACUGCAGUCCACGCCAGGCACCUGCAAAGCAAAAGGCACGUGUUCUGUCCACAGAACCGAGGCUGCAGUCUCCUGCAGCGCAACAGGUGAGUGCUACCAGAGGCAUGUGGAUUCCUCACCCACUUCAAUGAACUUUUGGUUGUGUGUUCAGAAAUCUGGUACUGUUGACCAAUGUUUUAAUCCCUGCAGUGAUGUGACCACUAAGAAGAUGUGGGUUAGAGGUUAACCACUGCAUUCUGGGAUUUAGAGUACUUCUGAAAAUAAUAAAGAGAAUAAUGUUGAAGCAAAGCUGUAGGCUAUACAGUUCCUAAAAAUUGCUAAACUUGCACCAAAAUUAAAGCAGGUUUAGGAUACAAAAGAAAUUAGCGAAUGUACCAUAUUUCAUGAAAAAGGUGCUUUGCAAGUUUUUGUUAGCACUUUCCUAGUCUGUCAAACUGACUCCCCUCAGCUUCAAACACUAAUGAGUUCCAAUUAAAGGUUCUUUUCAUCUCAAAUAAUUUGGAUCUAAUUAUGCUCUCCACAAUAUUUAUGGCUGGUGUUCACGCUACGGUGUUCUAAGGCUCAGCAUGGGGCCCUUUGAGUCUAGGUGCUAUGGUUUUACACGCUAGAAUCCUAUGCAAAUUGUCUUCUGUGCCUCCAUUUCUCCCUCGCUCACUGGGUCAGUGGGAAGAGAAACACAAAGGAGCUAUUAGUUUUCUCCUGUCCUCUUAUUACUGGACUAACGAACAUCUCACAAAAUUGUCACUUGUUUUGUUUUGUGACCCUGGGUGGCCUCAUUCAGAGAUUGCCCUGCCUCUACCUGCUGUGAUUAAAGGGGUGAGCCCCAACACCCAGCUGAGGUGAGCCCCAACACUCAGCUGGGGUGGGGGAGCUACUGAGAGGACUGAACCAAGUACAUUGGACUGACAUUCCCAGUUAUUUUAACAGACUUGUGUGGAAAAAGAAAAUUUAAAGCUACAAAAUGUGUCUGCUACAAAUUCUUUUCCCUUCACUUAGCAGUAAUGAUACAUUAUGUAGUAAGUAUUAAAGGUUCAAAUGCUAAUAAUUACUGUUGACUGUAUUAUUUACUUCUCAUUGUAUGAUUUCCCUGAACUCCGAAGUGGAAUUUUUUAUGUAGUUUUAGUAUUAGCUUUUUCUGUUUUUAAGGCUCUGUUGUUAGAUCACCCAAGUUCAUGACUGAUACAACUUGGUGCAUUAUUCCUUUCAUACCACGUCCCUUGUGUCACCAAUGGGUUUUACCACAGCCUGCAUUGUCUAUAUUACAUAGUGCUAUGCCAGCUGUCUGUCAUUUAAUCUUGUCUCUUCAGAGGUUAUAAAAUUUUAUACUAUUAUAAUUACUCAUUUGUAUUCAUCAUCUUAACAAGUUUUCUACUUAUACUAUUUUUUGCUUUUUCUUUGCCCUUUUCAUCUUCUUUCCCGUUUUCUGGGUUGAGUUUUCUUCCGCUUUUUCAAGGUAGUAAAACUUUGCUGCAAAAACACAUGUAACUGUAGUCACAUCCACAUCCUCCUAUCUCCAAAUAUUUGGGUAAGACAAGGACAAGACCCACCAAAGUUUCUAACACCCAGAACUACCACAAGAGCUUUCUUCAGCUGCACUACAGGAGGGAAAUUGCCCUGAGAAGGCAAUUAUAAAUGAUCAUAAAGCGGCAGUGUUCAUUGGCCACAUCUUGUCUAGGCCUCCCCCAUAACUGACACCAGUGCAGCGCACUGCCACUACAUUUGUGGGAGAGGUAGAGCAGCCGGAACCAUGAAGCCAUGCCUACUAUAAUCUUUAGACUCUUACUACUUCUGCUUCUGGGAUCAUCCUUUCUGAAGCCUACACGACCAACUAAUGCCUAUUCCAGUGUAGGAAUUUCUAGAGCUAAAGAACUUGGUUGUAAUUACAGGUAGAACCUUGACCAAAACAAAACCCAUCAAACAAAUGUGUGCUCAAGGCCCCAUCUUCCAGCCUGUGCACUUACACACUUCAGCAUCAACUUUAUAGUCUAUUAGCCUGUUCACACUUUUUUUAAAGCUCAUAGGUUCUCAAGAAAAAUGUCUAUUUAUAAAAUGAUUGAAGCUUUGAUGCAAUCAAAGAUUUUGCUUGCUGCUUCUACAGCUAUGGGUUUUCCAAUUAGGAAUGAGCCUAAUAUAUCAGUUUGUUUGUAGAACUCAGCACACAGUAAUACUAUUUAACAUAAACAUCACUGCUGCUGCUUACAUGACUUCACAGAUAGAGGACAGAAGUCUGGAGAGGUGAGAUCUGUUGUUGUUUGUUUGGCAGUACUUAGGAUUGGCCCAAGGCCCUCCAUGCUAGGUAAGUGCUCUACCACUAAGCUGUAUGUCACAGCUUCCUAAUGUGACAGCCCUUGAAAACCUGAUCUAGGCUGGGCUGUCACUUCCUGUAAUAUUGCCUCAAGAGUACACCAAAAUGAGUAUUUGAGGAUCACAAGAGUAUCUUGAGAUAGCAAAAGGGUCUAUAAGAUGCCACAUAAAGGACUAACAUUUCUGGAAUGGGGAAUCUUACAAAUCUCCACAUUUAUUCCCUUUUCCCAGAUCAGUUAAGAUGCCUCUCACCUUGGAAGUACAAACUCUCCGACUAAAUGUAACUCUCCCCUUGGCAAUUGUAAACUGCUGUGUCAAACCAAACACAAAUGUGUACAAGGCAAUUUGUUUCACCUACUGUGUCUAUUACAGAAAUCUGUUUGAUCUUCCUGAUCACACAAGUAGGAUCCGGUUUACCACACUUUUCCACUUAAAGUAGUUGGCUGUUAUAAUUAGGAAUCUCUCUUCUGAUCUCCUGACUCCUAGUAUCUAACAGCUAGUUAAAUGCCUUCACAAGUAGCAGUCUGCAAAACCUCCACUAACAGCAAGCCGAGCUCCACUGGGAAAUGAGGAAGAUCACCUAAGGAAGACUCGAUGAGUCUGUGCAGGAACUCCAACGCUGCAGUAGGGCUCGCAAAGCAGAGGUCAGAAUCUCACUGCUUCUCUACAUGCCUGCCUUUUGGGGAAACACAGCUAAGUCGCAUCACUAUGCAGCCCUAAGAGACAGUCCUAGACCCCAGAGUCUACCCUACUGAUCCCAGCAGGUAACAAGAUACGCCCUCUGGAGAUGCAGUGACCGAAAGCACAGAAUGAUGCACAGUCCAAAGGAGCACUUGUGGACAUGUCCUUCCACCUUUAGAAUGUUUUCAAGCAUUCUUUUCCAAACAGUGCUUCCUAGCAACCCACAACCUGUCACUUUGCUAAUUACCGGGAACUGGAGCUGAAUGGUGGCACUUAAAGUAAGUCUGGAGAAACUGCCAGCACAACUGUUUACUUCAUGGUGAGCCCUUUCUGCCUGACACUAUACUUAGAAUGGACGUUCCAAAGCAAGCUUGCAUUUUAAGCUCUGGCCUAGCUAUCCCGUUACCUAUGAGAUAUGACAGUGACUUACUACAUUCUAGUCACUGUAUUAAUUGUUACUUAACAUCGUCUCUG